AUGCAGAACAUGUUCCACCUCAGGCUUUUCCUCAUGACAGAUGCUCCAGCAGGUAGCAAGGCAGUGAAAGAUCUAGCUGGUGAGCUUGCAGGCACAGCUGAGCUGGUCCAGGCUCCUCGGCUUCUGGGAGAUGAAAACAAUUUGCGGCAGCUGUGUGUGGAGAUGGCGCUUGCAUCUGCCGCAGACUUUUUCCUAGCUUUUGGGGACGGGCUGAUCCGCGGCCACGCCUCCAUGCCCUCAAUGCUGGUUCUGCAGAUGAGGUUGCAUGCUGAGUCCUGGCCUUUGGAGUCCAACGCUUUCUCCUUUGCCGCCGGCCACUCUUUUGGGGAGGACUGGCUCGGCCUUUGA